AUGCUUGCCGCGGCGCAAGACCUGCUCCCCUCCCUAUUUUGCACCGUUUCCGCCUUAUUUGGCAACGCGGAGGUCCCCCAACAAUCAAGUCAACAGAAGCCCGGCCAAGUUGGGCGGAAGGGAUUCUCCUCCCGUUGGUCUGGAGCCCUCAUUCCAUUCCGGGUUGUGCUGCGGCUGGGACGCCGGAGAGGUAACGGCUCUUUCCCCGCCCAGCAGGGAGGUUCCUCCGCAAUUGUACAGAAAACCCCUUCUGCGCCCACCAUGGACCCAGAGAAGAAUGGACAGUUACCACGGCCCCUGAAGAAGUUUUAUAGUGGGGAGCCGCUGGCCCUGGGGGUCACACAGAUAUUAGUAGGCAUUAUCGAGAUGCUUUUUGGGGUCUUCCUAAACAUAGUGGAUAGUGAUUUCGAAAUUCCUUACCUUGUUGUGAUGACACCGUAUUGGACUGGAGUCAUGUACAUCAUUUCAGGAUCCCUGUCCGUGGCAGCUGCUAAGAACCCCAAGCUAUCCUUGGUGAAAGGCAUGCUGGCUAUGAAUGUGGUGAGUGCCGUGGCCGCUGGCAUCGGGAUUGUGUUUCUCUCUAUUUCGCAAGAUAUACCAUAUUAUAGGAUCGACGACAUGUGCACCAGACCUCAUCCAGACAUGGACACGGUGGAUCCAGUGUGUGUUAAAACCCAACAUGUCGUUUAUAAAACUGUGAUGGGGAUGUUGGCUGUUCUCCUAGUCUUCACCUUCCUAGAGUUCUGCAUCAGCAUCGCCCAAGCAGCCUUUGGGUGCAAGAAUGUAUGCCGGGAGUCCUACACGCAGACGGUUGUGGUGGUUUACCAGAACCCACCCCUGAAUAACGUUGUGGGCCUCCAAGCUGCUUCUAAGGAUCCCGAGUCCCCGUGAAUUGAUCUUCUUAGCUGGACUGACAUCUUCUGCUCCAGAAUCAAGAAGCAAAAGAUGCUAUCAGCAUCUCCAUACAUUGGUAAUGGUCUGCUGGAUGCCUUAUGUCUCCUACGUAUAUUCAGUAUAUUCAGUUGUAUUCAACGGGUGGGUUCACAAAAUCUGUCUUCUGUUAGUUUGACGGGAACCUGAGUUUCCCAAGGUGUGCCCACUUCUGCGCAGUGUACUGUGUGAACCCAGCCAUAAAAGGGAAUCUCAGAUUGGCACUUGAACCAACAUGAAACUGAGAUAGGUAAUCUUAGAUCUGAAGUUAGCCUGACAAUCUCAGCUUCAUAUCAGUCUGGCCCAGUGCCAAACUGAAAUUCCCGAUAAUGGCUAGGAAUUAUCCACGUUCCGUGGGGGCGCAAGCCCAUUUAAACCAAGGAGACAAGCUAGUUGUGAAUAACUUAAGUCCCAUUAAAGUCACCAAGACUUCGUUAUGACCAAUUUCUUUGGUUGCAACCCAUUAUAAUAGCCUCAAUACAUUUGCUAAUAUGUAGCUACCAUAUUUUCCCCUUCCUUGUAUUUAUACGCAAGUGAUUUCUUUCAAAAUAACAGGUGCAGAUUUUUCUUACAAGAUCUCUAUUCCACUUCUAUACACAGUUUUUUUUUAGCUCACAGAUUGGUUCACAUAUAUACUGCAAAUAACUUGCAUGUUGAUAAAUGUUAACUUUUGGAAUUGCCAGAUUUACGUUUGUUUUAUAUAGUCUCACAAUUCUCUAUUCCAGAGUCUAGCGUUUUUUCUUACUCCAUGUAACAUCUGGGCUCAUCUUUUACUGUCAUCUAAGUUCAUUCUCUUCAAUCCUUCUAACUGCAGUUUCUUUGAACAGCUGGGUCAGUAGAGGCAAAGCAAUAUGCAUAGAUGAAAGAGAUAAUUUUUUAAAAUUGUAGGCACUUCAGAAGGUCUGCAUCCAGUGAUAUUUGACCCUCUAUGUAUCUUAUCAGAGGUGUCGCUAUAACUCAGCAGAUGGGUUCAAAGAAUCCGGGCACCCCCAAAUCCACGCCUCUCUAUUUUCUUCAUUGUCUCACUCUGCGGGGCCGCUGGGGAGGGGGGUGAAUACAGGCCGCCUCUCCCCUCGCUGUCCCCCUGUAUCUUAUCUUAGCUAAGAGCUCAGCUAAAGUUAGCUAAGCUGAACUACAACCUGCCACAGAUCCUCUUCGUGAAUCAGCAGAUGUGAUUUCAAAGGAGUGACUGUUUGUUUCCAUCAUGCUCUGUUUGUACAGUUGUAAAUAAUAAUCCAAAAGAUCAUACAAAUAUUAACAGUAUGUCUUUCUAGUGCUCGGGGGCGGCUGAUGGUUCCUAGGACUGGGCGGUGGGGGCGGGGCACGACGCAGAGCAGGUGAUGGGUGGAGCCACAGGUAGUGAGAGGUGGAGCCAGUUGUGGGCAGCUGCAGGGGCGGAGCCAGGAAUAGGCGGGUGCCUGAGCGGUAACUGGCAAAGGGUGGAUUUUUAGCUAAUGAGUAGGAUCAAAAUCCACCUGCACACACACCUCCAUUGCGAAUCAGCAGAGAUACAGAGAAAUAUGGAAAACAGCAGUUGCUUUAGAUUGCUAAAUUAACAGGACUACCAGAGGCGCUCUUACCCCUGGACUUUGGGGCAGAGGCCCAGGGCCUUUAUACUCCCUGGGGGCCCCCAAAUCCUCUUUAGUCAGUCUUGGGUGGUUCAGUUGCCUCACCACACCGGGCCACCGAGUGCAAUUGGGACCUGCCCCGGGUGCUUUAGAGAUGGGGGAUAAAUCUGUGGGUGGGGAAUAUGUUUCUGCUGGUACAUAUUUGCCUAAAUAUACCUGCUUUACAAAUA